AUGAGAGGGAAAAGUGGCUCUGAUAGUUGCAAAGAUGUAGACGUGGUGACUGUUCUUCCUGCAUGUUCCACUUCCACAACAGCAGAUUCCAUGGCUGCUUUGCAGAAUGAGCAGCUUAUUCUUGUACUACAGUACAGAACAAGGCUAAAUGUUAACAAACAACCACCGGAUCGGAAAGCUGUGAGAAGAUUGCAUUCAACCUCAGACGUGAUUAUUAUUGUGCUCAAUUUGGAGACUAUAAUUCAAGAGUAUGAAAUUAUCAGGAAUCCAAAAGUUAUUACAGGUUCUGAACCGGAAACUAACAAGUCAUUGCCUAAUAACAACUUGGAGCCUUCUGUGAGGUCCACCAAUAAUAAAUAUAGCGCUCAAGUCCCUUCUGGUAAUGACCAGAGUUUCUGGUUCACUAUUCAACCUGCAUAUCAGCCGCCCCCAAAUUACAAAACACAAGGCACAAUAAUGAUGAAUGAGGCACCAACACACAUUAUUCCCAUUCCUGCUUUGAAUCCUUAUCAGGGACAUUGUGCUAUUAAAGCUCGAUUGACUGCAAAAGGUGAUCUUCGUCACAACAAGGCUAGGGAAGAUGGGAAGGGUAGCUUGAAACUUGCACAAAAGAAUUUCAACCAUUUGAGGAACGAGUGGGAGAUAUUCUUGGAGUCAAAUUCAACCGUGGAGCCUUGCGCUGAUGAAGAUGGCUCUAUUCUGAGUCAACAGUUCUUCAGACCUAUCAGUGAAAUUGAGAGUGCUAAAAACAAUUCUAUACUUGAUGUUAUCGGUAUUGUGAUAUCUGUAAAUCCUUCAUUUCCUAUUUGUGGUAAAAAAGUUAGGUGUUCUACUUCCCAAUCAAAGCAUCGAUUGUUUGUUGGUAAUAUUUCGAGAAGCUGGGGGGAGGAAGACCUAAGGAAGGUUGUGUCAAAGGUUGGUACUGAAGUUACUGGUUUAGAAUUAGUGAAGGAUGUGAAGAACUAA